UGCCAUAAAACACUUUUGGUAGGGCUUUAUCAGUUAUCAGGCUCAGUUUUUGGCAAGUAACCAUGUAAGUCAAGACUUUUGGUCUAUUCUUAUGUCAUUAAUGUCUGGCAACAUCGCGAGGGGAGAAAGUGAGAUAACCCGUUUUGUAGAAGCUGGACUUGUGAGCCAUCCAUAACACCUGGGCUGCUGGGAAGGCGUGCAGGAACCGCUGGCUCUUUUCUCUGAACCUUGAGAUUUCAGACGAAGAAGUCUCAUCAUGGCUCCUUAUUUCAUCCGCAAAUACCAAGAGAGUGACCACCAGUGGGUCGUGGGCUUGCUCUCCCAGGGCAAGGCUGAGAACAUUACCGCCACAUCCUGCCAUGCGCUGAAGUCUCCCCAAACUCUGGUGCUCUUACUCGGGGGGCACUUUGCCGUACUCCUGGUCUCUGAGUCCUGGCUCCCAGCUCUCAUGUUCUGCCUUGCCUUCCUCCUUGUCCUGUGGUUCCUUGCCAGACAUCACUGGAGAAAUUAUGAACGCUUGGCUUUGGGUACAGACAUGGUCGACAUCACCACAUUGUACCUAAGUAAACCUGGAUUCAGUCUGUGGGUGGCUGAGUCUGAAAAGAAGGUGGUUGGCAUGAUAGGAGCCCUGCCUGUUCAUGAUUUCACCUGUGAGAAGCAGGAGUUGUACAUGGCUCGCCUCUAUGUGGACUCUGAGCACCGGUGUCAGGGGGUAGCAAAAGCCCUGGUCAGGACUCUCUUCCAGUUUGCCUAGGACCAGGGCUACAGUGAAAUUACCUUUAUAACCACCACUAUGCUGUUUGCCCUACCCUUUCUGCAGGACGUGGGCUUCCAGAAGACAAGACAGUUAUUCCCCACCUUGAGUGCUAGGCUACUGGAUCUUCAGGAAGUUCAUUUCAUCUACCACCUCCCUUCUGCUCAGGCGGGGUCCUGUGAACUCUUUCCUCAUCUAUUAGCCAAGAGAUGAUCCUCAGUGCUGUACUAAUAAGCAAACACUGACCCUUCAGUGCCGACACAAUAAAAGCUCAUUGGU